GAUCGAGAUCCGAUUAACUGAACCCGCCCAGAUACACGGUUACGCACCUCUGGUUUGAUUUGAAUGCUAGAAGCUUCACAACGAAGAAGGAUAGAGGGAGAGAGUUCCAAUUUCGAAAUACUCUCAGCGAAAUCGUCACUCUCUGAAGAGUAAAGACGCAACAGACAGGGCAUUAAUCCAAGCAAAUAUCGAUCGAUCGCAAUGAGAAGACCUGGCGAAGCGGCGAUGAUGUUGAAAAGAGGACAAAAUCGUCAGCUGAGGCAACUGUCCGGAGGGAUCAAGAGCCUUUUUGGGAGAUUGUCUAUUGCAGCGUUUGUUCUCAUGAUCUGCACUCUCUCGCUAUUAUAUACUACCAAAACAGAUACUAACCAAUCUUUAUCUGGAUCUCAGAUACAUCCAGAGACUCUUUGGGAGACUGCCGCUGCUGAUGGUUGGAGGCCAUCAUCAGCUCCACGGUCUGAUUGGCCACCUCCUCCAAAAGAGACCAAUGGCUAUCUGAGGGUUCGAUGCAAUGGUGGUCUGAAUCAGCAACGUAGCGCGAUUUGUAAUGCUGUUCUUGCUGCAAGAAUUAUGAAUGCUACACUUGUGCUGCCUGAACUAGAUACAAAUUCGUACUGGCAUGAUGACAGAGGUUUCCAUGGUAUCUAUGAUGUUGACUAUUUUAUCAAGACUUUGAGGUAUGAUGUCCGAAUAGUAGAAAGCAUCCCUGAAAGUAGUAAAAAUGGAAAGGUCAAAAAGAUAAAAGCCUUCCAGCUUCACCCUGCCAGAGAUGCUCCUCUCAGCUGGUAUACAACAGUUGCUCUGGAGAAGAUGAAGCAGCAUGGAGCUAUCUAUCUCACUCCCUUUUCACAUCGUUUAGCUGAAGAAAUUGACCAUCCUGAGUACCAACGGUUAAGGUGUCGCGUUAAUUACCACGCACUAAGAUUUAAGCCGGAUAUAAUGAAGUUAAGCAAUUCGAUAGUCAGUAAACUUCGGGCUGAAGGACACUUCAUGUCAAUACAUCUUCGCUUUGAGAUGGACAUGCUUGCAUUUGCUGGCUGCUUCGAUAUCUUUACUCCUGAAGAACAGAAACUCCUGAAGAAGUAUAGAGGAGAAAAUUUUGCAGAGAAGAGGCUCGUGUAUAAUGAGAGGAGGGCAAUUGGGAAAUGUCCUUUAACUCCAGAAGAGGUUGGUCUUAUCCUUCGUGCAAUGGGUUUUGAGAAUUCUACUAGGAUCUAUCUUGCUGCUGGUGAUCUAUUUGGAGGAGAGCGCUUCAUGAAGCCUUUUCGUUCCUUAUUUCCUCGCCUUGAGAACCACAGCACAGUUGAGGCUGACCAGUUAUUUGACAGCUCUCAGGGCCUGUUAGGAUCUGCUGUUGAUUAUAUGGUUUGUCUUCUUUCUGACAUCUUCAUGCCAACAUAUGAUGGUCCAAGCAAUUUCGCCAAUAACCUUUUGGGCCACCGCCUCUACUAUGGUUUCCGCACAACAAUCCGCCCAGACAGGAAAAAUCUUGCACCUAUCUUCAUUGAUCGGGAAAAUGGAAGAACAGCUAACUUUGAAGAAGCUGUUAGACGUGUGAUGGCCAAAACAAGUUUUGGGGGGCCCCACAAGCGUAUUUCGCCUGAAUCUUUUUAUACAAACUCUUGGCCUGAAUGUUUCUGCCAAAUGUCAGCUAAGAAUCCUGCUGAUCAAUGCCCGCCAGAUAAUGUGUUGGAAAUCCUAGAUAAGCAAUUGUGGAGUACAAACGGGCAUUCAAAUUCAACAUCCACCAUUGAAUAGGAUUUUUACGUUUAUUUUUGCUAACUCGAUACGUGGGUGAGGGUAUGUGGCGAUUUGCUAACCCAGCUUAUCAUGUAUGUAUGUAAGUACACCUGGGCUGGGUCACCGAAGAAUGAUGCUUGCUCAAGCAUGAGUUACUAUAAGGAAGAAGAAGCAUUGAGAACAGGCAAAGUUAUGAGCAGAUUAUGAACAACAAAAACGUGAUUUUUCCAUUGGAAGUUUUUUCUCUUUGAUUCAUUCAUGUUACAGUCUGUUUGUCUGUGUAAACUAUUAGGAUAAAUAACUUUGAAAGCAUUUGCUUCCAAUUUAGUCUGAAUUCAACAUUGUGUUAAGCUUGUAGAGUUUUGUUGGUAUA